AUGUCAGGAAAUAUUCAACUACUUGCUUAUCAGAUAUUAAUUGUUCAAAUGCCAGAAUUGAUGCAACUUGUGUAUAACAUAGUAAAAGAACUCAAAUUUACAUUGAUCCCAACAUCCCUACUUCCUAACAUCCCCACAAUCCUACAUCCCUACAUCCCCACAUCUCUACAUCCCCACAUCCCUACAUCCCCACAUCCCCACAUCCCUACAUCCCCACAUCCCUACAUCCCCACAUCCCUACAUCCCCACAUCCCUACAUCCCCACAUCCUUACAUGCCCACGUCCAUACAUCCGCACAUUCCUACAUCCCCACAUCCUUACAUACCCACAUCCCUACAUCCCCACCUCCAUACAUUUUUACAUCCCGACAUCUCCACAUCGUUGGAGAGACCGAAUAAAUCAUACAGGACGACAGCUCACACCGCCCCCACAUUAUACUUCGACUGA